UUAUUUUCCGCUCUUUUUUUUCUUUUCUUAAAAAAAAUAGAAAUGUAUUUUAAUCAACCCCAGCAAGAAUCAAGGCCAUUUGUUUAUAUACAAUAUCCAGUCCCUUCUUCAGCCAAAAAGACGAUAGAUAAUCACGAAUUCAGAAUAGAUUCCUCUUCUUCUGCUUCUUCUUCUUCUACUACUACUAUUGAACAACCUAAAAAGAAAAAAAGGCAGCAUGUUGGUUAUGCAUGUGACAAGUAAAUAUAAUUUUCAUGCAUCUAUUUUUUUUAUUAAAUCCAUUUAGAUGCAGGGAAAGAAGAGUAGGCUGUGAUAGAGGGAAACCGAUAUGUGGACAAUGUAAAGACAGAUAUCAUUGUCAGUACAGUAAUCAAGCAUUAAGACUGGAUAAUGUGUCACUACGCCAAAGAUUAGGCGAAUUAGAAAAUAAGGUUGACUGGCUUACUUCAUUCGUGACAAACCUCGAACAAGAUUAUCGAACUACAAUUCCACAAUUAAUGUCACACGUGCAACCGCAAGAAGAACAACAACAACAAAUAACAAAUGGCCAUAGCGUCGAAGAGUGGGCUAUUCAAACCGGCUGGCCCGUAGUUGAGCAUGUAGAUGGUAUGAAAUCCAUUUAUACCAACAUAAAGAGCUUCGAAGACCUCAGCGAAGCUAUAAGAAACACAAUGCAACUCAUUUACAACCUAAAGGGAAACCCCAUCCUUCGUCGACCUUCCUCUAUCAGCACUGAUGAUGACUCGGUUACGAGUGGUAGCACAGUGUCGUCAGCAAAGGAACACUCCUUUGGCUUUUUCGAGAGCUUAGGCAGACUGCCAACCCAUGGCAGCAAAAUCACACUUCGAAAUGAUGAUGGUAGUAUCUCUAGUAAGAUGAUGGCUCAGUCUACGAUAAGUGAUAAACACCUCGAGGUCGACGUGAUGACUCGCCUAAUCCAUCAGCAUCACAAGUGCGCCUUUCCAACUUUAGUCAGUCCUUCCAGAUUCGAAAACCAUUACCGCCAAGGCCAACUUAAGCCACUUGUGCUCUCUUCCGUCUUCUCCCAUUCAGUGCCUCACACCUCUAUUUAUCACCCUCAUCUCACACAAAUAAAAGACUUUCGGGAACUGGGCGUCAAAUUCUACAACCACUCGCAUGAUCUAUUAGGUGUGGAUGAUGAACCAGCCAAUUUAUCAAACAUUCAUCAGCGUACAUUUCUUAUCACGUAUGAUUUGGAUCAUGGCCGUGUACGUCGAGCGUUUCUGCAUAUAGGUAUUGCCAUUCGCAUGUGCUUUAUGUUAAACCUGCACCGCCCUGAAGGCUACGUUUCUUGUAAGACGCCCUUUGAAAGAGAACAAUCAAAACGAAUUUUCUGGACUGUUUGGUUCUAUGACAACAUGGUUUCUCAACUGUUUCAUGACCAAGUAGCUACAAUGAAACUCAGCCAAAUAUCUGUUGAUCUUCCUACCGUUCUACCUGAAUUCAGUCAGUUAGAAAGAGAUCAAACCAUUUUUACAAUCCAGUUGAUACAAAUUAGAAAGCUGGCUGGCUCCAUCUCUGAAGACUUACAUAGACUAGAACCACAUAAACUCGUCAAGAAAUACAAGCGGAAAUUAAGAAUAUUUUACCACGAGCUGCCUUCCCACUUACGGUUUGGUAAAGAAACCAGUGUUCUGCCGCCAAGUACAUCCCUCUGGGAAAGAAGAACGUACUACUGUAUUCUCUUAGACUAUUGUCAAGCUUGGAUUACUAUCUAUCGAACCCUUCUACCAUCAUCAUCCGCGACAAGGACAAGCUCACUAGAGAAAAAGGCUAUCUUGCAUACCUCACAGGCGGCCGUAGCCGCGGUCAAGCUCUUUCAGGCCUGGUUUCAAUCUUCAGCUCUUUCGAGCGAAGGUUUCGAUUGCUUUUUUAGGCCGUACCUGUAUCACUUUUUGAGCGUUAAAAAAAUACUUUGUGCCAACGUCGCACAUAUCGGAAGGUCGCCUUCCUUGGUUUACAUCAGCAGGGCUUAUCUUGCUCUUCUCCUUCAGCUCUAUCAGACAACACCCACAAGACGAUCAUUUGACGAAAGUGCGGUCGAAAACGAUUUGUUACAGUUCUUGACGGAGCAUCAUAUUAGUAUGAACGAGGUACCCUAUCAGGAAAUGGUGGAUGAAGCCCUCCGUGAUGACCCUAACGCAGAUGGUGGGUGGAGUAUCUUUUCAUAUGUACCUUCUCCUGUCAUGGAUGAUGAAGAUGAGAGCAAGUCAAGGACAUCGUCUUCUUCGACGGCGAGUUAUGGAUCGGAUCAUCCGACAACCAUGACCGAACUGACAAUGGAUUACUUUUGAAAAAAAAAGUCUCAUUUUGUAUUUUAUUUCAUUCUGUUUGUACAUAUUAAAAAAAGGGGCUUCCCCUCCCCGGCAUCUUGAUCUUGUGCCGUAACUCUAGACAUCAUUUAUAUCCAUGUAUUUCUGAAAUCAAAAUUUAGUGCACGGUAAGCUGACUUGCAGCAAGAACAAUAGAAAAAAAAGGGAGUUGUUGAUCAAAAAAUCCCUUGCUCGAAACUUUUGUUUCAGACACACUAUAUAAAGGCAGCGCUUGGGGGUCAUCUUUCU